AUGGGACUGGCAGAGGCGGCAGUGUGCUGCGCGUGGGCGGCGGACGGUCGCGUGCUGGCGGUGGGCGGAGAGGCGGGCGAGCUGCGCCUGCUGGCCGCGCCGCCUUGCGCCGGUACACUGUGCCAGGAAACAGAUGCACAUGAUCUUGGAGUACUGAGCUGUGAUUUCGCCCCCACUUUUGAGAUUCAAAAUAUAGCAGAAAGCAGAAAGACGUAUUUGCUCGCGACCGGUGGCCGAGACGCAUCCGUGAAGCUGUGGUUCGUGGAGUUGGAAGGAUUUUUCGACGAGAGCAUCGACAAAGGCUCAUUGAAAUUAGCAAAGACUAUAGCGGCGCACGGCGGCGCGGUGCAGUGCGUGCGCUGGGGGCUGUUUGGGCGCUACGAGAGCGAGCUGGCGCUGGCGACGGGCGGCGCAGACCGCUGGGCGCGCGUGUGGCGCGUGACCGCGCGCGGCGCCGCGCUGGACGCGAGCGCGGCGGCGGCGGUGCCGGCGGGCGCGGCGGGCGGCGCGCCCGCCGUGCGCCUGCUGGCGCUCGGCCAGCACUCGCUGCUGGCUGUGGGGUCUCUGUCCGGAACGCUCGCGGUAUGGAAAAUACCACACGUCGAUGCACUCGAUGAAACGGAGGGCUGUGAAGCUCGUGCCUGGGGGACGGAAGGAGUUGCGAGAUGGUUAAAAGAAUACGUGACGAGGCCGCCCGGUUCAUCGGUAUCUGAAACAGAAGAAUUUCGUUUGAUAGAAGCGAUACGUGAGGCAGGACUGAGCGGCGCGCAACUGCUUGAUAAACCAAUUAAAGACUUAAUGUUCAUCUUUGGAUUUGAAGAGGAACUGAGCGAAGAUAGUGCGGAAGAAAAAUGUGAAGAAGUGCGCGCACGAUUAUUGGACGAAAUACUAUGGCUUCGUCGAGAUCCACUUUCCAGCGAAUUGGAGGCGGGCGCGCCGCACGCGCUGCGCUGCCCGCUGUCGCACGCGGUGCUGCGCGAGCCGGCGCGCGCCGCCGACGGCUACACGUACGAGCGCCGCAGCCUGCUGCACUGGCUGCUGGCCGCCGGCGACGGCGACGACGAGCUGCGGUCCCCGAUGUCGGGGCGCCGGCUGCGCAGCGCGCGGGUGGAGCCCAACUACGGCGUGCUCGAGCUCCUGCGCCAGUACUGCGGCUGGCGCCGG